CCAUAAACAAAAACAACGGAAUACCCCAAACUGUCCGUGUCAGACAGUUCUUUCUUCUUUCCUCCCCUCUUCUUUAAUUUAUUUUGGGGGCUUUCCCCCCUCUUCUUAUUUUCCCUCCUCCUCUCCAGCUUUUCCCCCUCUCUCUCUUCCAUUUACCUAUAGGGAUAACGCCGGACUACAUUUAUGGUAAAUGAAAGCAAAAACAUGUACAUCCCGGAGGACACCCUUGAGAACCAUCAAGGCUCCGACUACUCUCCCCCUCCCCCUCUUCCUCGACCUGCUCCACCUGGUCUGACCAAUGAGCACAGUGGCGGCACUAGCCAUGGCGACCGUGGUGGAGGAGGAGGUGGGGUCAACCACGGAGUGGGUGUGGUUGGCCUGGCUCCGGAGCACAUCCCCACACAAGGGGCAGCCCUGAGCUGGCAGGCGGCAAUUGAUGCGGCACGGCAGGCGAAGAUGAUGGGUGCCGCAUCGGGUGGAGGGGCAGGGCUUGGGUCAGGAGGGCGUGGACCCAUCUCUACGGCCAGCUCCACGCAGAGGAAGAGACAGCACUACACCGCUAAACCCAAGAAACAAACCACAGCGACAGCCACAAGGCCGCCACGGGCCCUACUCUGCCUCACACUCAAGAAUCCCAUCCGCAGGGCUUGCAUUAGCAUCGUAGAGUGGAAACCAUUUGAGAUCAUCAUCCUGAUGACAAUUUUCGCCAACUGUGUGGCCUUAGCUGUCUACAUCCCCUUUCCUGAGGAUGACUCAAAUGCCACCAACUCCAACUUGGAGCGUGUGGAGUAUCUGUUCCUCAUCAUUUUCACGGUGGAGGCGUUCCUGAAGGUAAUAGCCUACGGCCUGCUCUUCCACCCCAACGCCUACCUGAGGAAUGGCUGGAAUCUGCUAGACUUCAUCAUUGUAGUUGUAGGGUUAUUCAGUGCAAUCUUGGAGCAGGCCACAAAAGGGGACGGGGCUACUCCUAUUGGAGGGAAAGCAGCCGGCUUUGAUGUCAAGGCUCUGAGGGCAUUCAGAGUACUCAGACCUCUCAGACUGGUCUCUGGAGUACCGAGUUUACAGGUAGUGUUGAACUCCAUAAUCAAAGCCAUGGUUCCUCUGCUCCAUAUUGCCCUGCUGGUCCUCUUCGUCAUCAUCAUCUAUGCCAUCAUCGGUCUGGAGCUCUUCAUGGGAAAGAUGCAUAAGACCUGCGUUUAUAACCUAACAGGUACCAUUGCAGCGGAAAAGCCAGCACCGUGUGCACCUGAUGGCGCUUACGGUCGACACUGCACGAAGAAUGGAACACAGUGCAGAGUGGGAUGGGAGGGCCCAAACGACGGCAUCACCAACUUCGACAACUUUGCCUUUGCCAUGCUAACGGUGUUCCAGUGUAUAACCAUGGAAGGCUGGACGGACGUACUGUACUGGGUGAAUGACGCUGUAGGUUACAGGUGGCCCUGGGUGUAUUUUGUCACCUUAAUCAUCAUCGGAUCCUUCUUUGUGCUAAACUUGGUUCUGGGGGUAUUGAGUGGAGAGUUUUCCAAGGAGAGAGAGAAGGCCAAGGCACGCGGUGACUUCCAGAAACUCAGAGAAAAACAGCAACUGGAGGAAGACCUCAAGGGCUAUUUAGACUGGAUCACUCAAGCUGAAGACAUUGACCCAGAGAAUGAAGAGGAAGGCUUGGAUGAUGAGAAACCCAGAAAUCUGAGCAUGCCAGCCAGCGAGAAUGAAUCAGUCAACACAGACAAUGCCCCCGGGGGAGACGUAGAGGGUGAGACCUGCUGUACCCGGCUAGCAAUUAGGAUCUCCAAAUCCAAGUUCAGCCGCUACUCUCGGAGGUGGAACAGGCUGUGUAGAAGGAAGUGCCGGGCAGCAGUCAAAUCGCAAGUUUUCUAUUGGCUGGUCAUCUUCCUGGUUUUCCUCAACACCCUGACCAUUGCCUCUGAACAUCACCAGCAACCUCAGUGGCUAACUGAUGUACAAGAUAUAGCCAAUAAGGUUUUGCUAGCACUCUUCACUGGUGAGAUGCUGUUGAAGAUGUACAGUCUGGGCCUGCAGGCCUACUUUGUUUCACUCUUCAAUCGGUUCGACAGCUUCGUAGUAUGCGGAGGGAUUCUUGAAACCAUUCUGGUGGAAACAAAAAUCAUGUCGCCCCUCGGCAUCUCUGUGUUACGUUGUGUACGCUUACUCCGAAUCUUCAAAAUAACCAGAUAUUGGAACUCCUUGUCCAACCUGGUGGCAUCCCUGCUGAACUCUGUUCGCUCCAUCGCGUCUCUGCUGCUCCUGCUCUUCCUCUUCAUCAUCAUCUUCUCCCUGCUGGGCAUGCAGCUGUUUGGGGGAAAAUUCAACUUUGACGAGACCAGACGAAGCACCUUUGACAACUUUCCCCAGUCUCUGCUCACUGUGUUUCAGAUCCUAACAGGAGAGGACUGGAACUCUGUGAUGUAUGAUGGUAUCAUGGCAUACGGUGGUCCAGCGUUUCCUGGCAUGCUUGUUUGCAUCUACUUCAUCAUCCUCUUCAUCUGCGGAAACUAUAUCUUGCUGAAUGUCUUCUUGGCCAUCGCUGUAGACAAUCUGGCAGAUGCAGAAAGCCUGACAUCUGCCCAGAAAGAGGAAGAGGAGGAGAAGGAGAGGAAAAAACUGGCCAGGCUCGGCAGCCCAGAGAAGCGUCAUGACAAUGAGAAACCACCUCUGGAGGAAGAGAAGAAGGAGAAGAUAGAACUGAAGUCCAUUACUUCUGAUGGGGAGACCAACACUGCUACUAAGAUUAACAUGGAUGACUGCUGUGGAGAUGAGAGCGAAGAGAAGAACCCGUAUCCUGCCAAUGAUUAUAUAGGAGAUGAUGAUGAUGAUGAGCCAGAGAUGCCCGUGGGCCCGAGGCCCCGGCCCCUCUCUGACAUUCAGCUGAAGGAGAAGGCUGUCCCUAUGCCUGAGGCCCGUGCUUUCUUUAUCUUCAGCCACACCAACAAGUUCAGGGUUCUGUGCCAUAAGGUCGUCAACCACAACAUCUUCACCAACCUCAUCCUCUUCUUCAUCCUGCUCAGCAGCAUUAGUCUGGCAGCUGAAGACCCAGUCAAAAAUGACUCCUUCAGAAAUAAGAUCCUUGGCUAUGCAGAUCAUGUGUUCACUGGACUCUUCACCAUAGAGAUCAUUCUUAAGAUGACAGCCUAUGGAGCCUUCCUCCACAAAGGUUCUUUCUGUAGAAACUAUUUCAACAUCCUGGACUUAGUGGUGGUCAGUGUGUCCCUCAUCUCCUCUGGAAUACAGUCGAGUGCAAUUAAUGUUGUGAAAAUCCUGAGAGUACUGCGAGUGCUUAGACCACUGAGGGCCAUCAACAGAGCCAAAGGACUAAAACAUGUAGUGCAGUGCGUGUUUGUGGCCAUCAGGACCAUUGGCAACAUCGUCAUCGUCACUACGUUACUCCAGUUCAUGUUUGCCUGUAUUGGAGUGCAACUCUUUAAGGGAAAGUUCUUCUACUGUACCGACAACUCUAAGCAGACUCAGGCAGAGUGCAGAGGUUCCUUUAUCACGUAUAAAGACGGUGAUGUGGGGAAGCCUGACAAAGCCCAGAGACUGUGGGAGAACAGUGACUUUAACUUUGAUGAUGUUCUGCAAGGCAUGAUGGCUCUCUUUGCUGUGUCUACCUUUGAGGGCUGGCCAGGGUUGUUGUACCGAGCCAUAGACUCCCACGCUGAGGAUGUGGGACCCAUCUACAACUACCGUGUGGUCAUUUCCAUCUUCUUCAUCAUCUACAUCAUCAUCAUUGCGUUCUUCAUGAUGAACAUUUUCGUCGGUUUCGUCAUCGUCACAUUCCAGGAACAAGGAGAGCAAGAAUAUAAGAACUGCGAGCUGGACAAAAACCAGCGUCAGUGUGUGGAGUAUGCUCUAAAGGCUCGUCCAUUGCGUCGCUACAUCCCCAAGAACCCUUACCAGUACAAGGUGUGGUAUGUGGUCAACUCCACCUACUUUGAGUACUUGAUGUUCACACUCAUCCUUCUCAACACCAUCUGUCUGGCCAUGCAGCAUCAUGGACAGACCAAAAAUUUCAAUGAUGCCAUGAACAUCCUCAACAUGCUCUUCACUGGACUGUUCACUGUUGAGAUGAUCCUGAAACUGAUCGCCUUCAAACCCAGGGGGUACUUUAGUGAUCCCUGGAAUGUGUUUGAUUUCCUCAUCGUAAUUGGCAGCAUAAUAGACGUCAUUCUCAGUGAAAUCAACCAUUAUUUUGUUGAUGCAUGGAACACAUUUGAUGCCUUGAUAGUUGUGGGUAGCAUUGUUGACAUAGCGAUCACUGAGGUUAACAACUCUGAAGAGAACGCCAGGAUCUCCAUCACCUUCUUCCGGCUGUUCCGCGUGAUGAGGCUGGUGAAGCUGCUGUCUCGCGGGGAAGGGAUUCGGACCCUGCUGUGGACCUUCAUCAAAUCCUUCCAAGCUCUGCCCUACGUAGCUCUGCUUAUAGUGAUGCUGUUCUUCAUAUACGCCGUCAUUGGCAUGCAGAUGUUUGGUAAGAUAGCGCUGCAGGACAACACGCAGAUCAACAGGAACAACAAUUUCCAGACAUUCCUCAGGCGGUGCUGGCUCUUCAGAUGUGCAACAGGUGAGGCGUGGCAGGAGAUCAUGCUGGCGUGUUCGCCCAGUAAGCAAUGUGAGAAAGGAUCAACCAAUGAAAACAGCACGUCCAAUGAGGACUGUGGCAGCCAGUUUGCCAUCAUUUACUUUGUCAGCUUCUACAUGCUCUGUGCCUUUCUGAUCAUCAACUUGUUUGUGGCCGUCAUCAUGGACAACUUUGACUACCUGACGCGUGACUGGUCGAUCCUGGGGCCGCAUCACCUUGACGAGUUCAAGAGGAUCUGGGCUGAAUAUGACCCGGAAGCUAAGGGGAGAAUAAAACAUCUUGAUGUAGUGACUCUGCUCCGAAGAAUCCAGCCUCCCCUCGGCUUCGGAAAGCUCUGUCCACACAGGGUGGCUUGCAAGCGUCUGGUGUCGAUGAACAUGCCUCUGAACAGUGACGGAACAGUGAUGUUCAACGCCACGCUGUUUGCCCUGGUCAGAACUGCACUCAGGAUAAAGACGGAAGGGAACCUGGAGCAAGCCAAUGAGGAACUGAGGGCAAUAGUGAAGAAGAUCUGGAAGAGAACCAGCAUGAAGCUCUUGGAUCAAGUAGUGCCCCCUGCCGGUGAUGAUGAGGUAACAGUCGGGAAGUUCUACGCUACCUUCCUCAUUCAGGAAUAUUUCCGCAAGUUUAAGAAGAGGAAAGAACAAGGGCUGGUGGCCAAGGUGCCCCCCAAAACUGCCCUCUCUCUGCAGGCGGGCCUGCGGACAUUGCAUGACAUUGGUCCAGAGAUUAGGAGAGCCAUCUCUGGAGACCUGAAUGUGGAGGAGGAGCUGGAUAAAGGCAUAAAGGAGCCUGUGUCAGCAGCAUCUGAGGACGAUAUCUUCAGGCGUACAGGUGGGUUGUUUGGCAACCACGUCAACUACUACAACCAGAGCGAUGGCCGUGGGUCCUUCCCGCAGUCUUUCACUACCCAACGUCCCUUACACAUUAGCCAGAAAGGCUCACCUUGUGAAGGCGAGAGCCCAUCUCAUGAGAAGCUCAUGGACUCGACCACUUUCACCCCUUCCUCUUACUCCUCAUCAGGCUCUAACGCCAACAUCAACAACGCCAACAACACUGGCAUGGUCGGGGUGGCGACCCAGGGCAUCAGCCGAUUCCCGAGCCCAUCUAUAAGCACUGUGGAUGGGCACACUGGGCAGCCACUCACCCCCAUCCUGCUGCCAAGAUCUGCGUGGUGCUUUCCUCCAAAGAGCUCGGACUCGUGUGACAGUCAUCUGCCAAUCAUCCGAAGAGGGGAGGGGUCAACAGAGGAGACAUACGACGAGAGCUAUGUUGAAGACAGGGUGUACCAUGAGGAUGACCACUCGCUCUCCUCUGACAUGCUGGUGUAUCACGAUGAGACUUGUAAGCAGUUGACUCCCAUGGAGGAAGCAGAGGAAGUAGAGGACAGAAGAGGAGGAGGAGGGUGGCAGUCUCCCAGGAGAGUCUUCCUCUGCCCCACUUCGCUGGGGCGGAGAUCAUCCUUCCAUCUGGAGUGUCUCCGGAGACAGUCGAGGCCAGACGUCUCUCAGAAGACGGCUGUACCUUUACAUCUUGUACAUCAUCAGGCUCUGGCUGUGGCAGGGUUGAGUCCUCUUCUAAGAAGGAGUCACUCACCGACCCGCUUCAGUCGGCUGUGUUCCACACCUCCAGCAAGUCCCACAGCUCAAUGCAGUGAUGCCUCCUACCAGCGAGUUCCCUCUCUGCGGCUAGAGGGCUCCAACUCCCAUGAAAAGCUCAAUACCAGCUUGCCCUCUGUCAACUGUGGGCCGUGGUAUAAUGACAGUAAUGGGAAUAGCCCGGUGCCCAGUCCUAGCCCCACCCCUAGCAUGUCAGCAUCCAGUCAAAGGGCACCGCGGCCAGUGUCGCUCACCGUGCCCUCGCUGUUGGGGAAAGACUCUAGCUCGCUGUCUCAUGGCAGCGCAGGCAGUCUAGUGGAGGCGGUCCUAAUAUCAGAGGGCUUGGGUCAUUUUGCACAGGAUCCUUCGUUCAUUGAGGCGACCAAAGCGGAGCUGGCUGACGCCUGCGACAUGACCAUUGAGGAGAUGGAGCACGCUGCCAACAACAUUCUCAACGGCAACAGUCCCACAAAUGCCACAUCCAGCACCUCCUCCACCUCUCAGCACAGCCCGAAUGGCAACCUCCUUCCCUUCCACACAGCAGCAACAGCAGCAGCAGCAGCAUCGACGCACAGGGACCGAGCGGUCAGCUCGAGUCCUAGUGAAGGUGGGGGAGAGGCCGCAGGAAGCAGAGGCUCUAUACAUGGGCCCUCCUCUAUAGAGGAGCGACAGGAGCUGCUAGCCAGAGGGAGAGUGCGUGAAGAAGAGGAGGAAGAGGAAGAGGAGGCUGGCGGGAGGGAAGAGGGGCACCACAGAAGCUCGCUUGUGAUUGGAGGAGCACGACAGAGGAACAGCGGGCUAUUGGAGGAUGAGGAUAUGGAGUGCGUGACAAGCUUGUAGGAGUCAAGUUAAUGGGUUUGCUUGAUGAACUGGCCCCUCUGACAUCAUCAGAGACUGAUGUUUGUCGGCGCUGCUUACAGCACCGCGGCUGGUUCUGUCUGUCCCCACCUUUCACACACACACAAACACACUCUGUCACUCUGGACAGUGGCGGCCAGUGAUGCAACCUUAAACACCUGGUUAUGACUUUGUUAGUCUAUGAGUUAGUAUAUGGAUGGAUGUUUGUUGUAAAAACAAUAUACUCUACGAGCGUGUGCUUAUGUUUGUCUGUCGGUGUGAUCUAUGAUUUUUUUUCUAUCUGUGCGUGUGUGCGUGUGUUCUCCACACGUGUCUGAGUGUGUCUCUAAAGUGCCUCACAGUUUUAUCAUGUCCUCAAAGUGUUAAGCGCAGAAAAGUAGACACAAGCAAAAAAGACAAAGUAAGUAUGACUGAAGGAAGGUAGACAGGAAACGACACAGGCGGGAAGGGCCUUUUAUGGAUUUCCUGCAAACAACAUAGUGUUUUAAUGUUUUUCAUUUCCUAUGCCUACUUUGUGGUUAUUGUUGUUUGCCUGGCCGCCAUGACGCCAGGUGGGGGACAACAGACCAGCUUUCGAAGGGGGUCAGUUUGGAUUACCGUCUGACCAAACCUGCUUGAGGUCAAAGGUCAUCUCCUCCUCUUUGGUUCACUGAUGAUGAAGCGCUGUAUUGAGUAAAACAGGGUGAAAAAAACCCUGUUUGAAAUCUCAUUUCUCCUCCUCUUCCAAGCUAAGGAACCAUGGAGCACAGCCCUGCCAGCCUGGA